ACAACCCUCUCUACCUCAUCGACAUAUAUGUGUCUCAUCCUCCAUAUUGGAUUCAAACCCAAUAUGUUAGGAACUUAGUUGUGGGAGCUGCUUGCUUGAAACCUCCUCAAUACACACAUACAUAUAUGCUUACACGUGUGCAACUUUAUAUAUGUAUUUGAAAGGCUUUUUUUAAAUAUUUAUUUAGAAAAUGAAAGCUGAGUUACCAAGUUGGAGCCAAAUGCCUUUCCUCCUCACAACCGCUAGAACAGCUCCAAAAGCUUUGUUUCCAUUAUCUACAGCAAUCUCCUUAAUAAUCAUUCUUUCCCAUGGAUUGAUCACUGCUGCAGAAGGCAACAACAAUGAAUGGCACAUGAACAUCGGAGUAAUAGUUGAUCCUAACUCUCGUUCUGGCAAAGAGGAAACAACAGCUAUAUUGAUAGCAGCUCAAAACUUCAACAAAAAUUCAUCAAACAAAGGAAAGCUGUUUCUCCACUUCCAAAACUCCAGCGGGGAUCCCCUUAGAGCAGCUUCUGGAGUUGAGGAGCUUAUCAAGGAGAAGGAUUUACAAGUAAUCAUUGGAAUGGAUACAUGGCAGGAAGCAGCUUUGGUAGGUGAGGUUGGGGAGCGAGCUCAAGUCCCGGUUCUUUCCUUUGCUACAGCUUCUAUUGCACCGCCGUUAUCAAAACUCCGAUGGCCCUUCUUGGUGCGAAUGGCAAACAACAACGGUGUUGAAAUGAAAUGUAUUGCGGCUAUUGUUCACUCCUACGGUUGGCGACGGCUUGUAGUAAUUUAUGAAGAUGAUGCAUACAGUGGUGAAUCUGGAAUGGUGGGUCUUUUAUCAGAGGCUCUAUGGGAGGUUGGCUCGGAGAUUGAGUGUCAAUUGGUUCUUCCACCAGCCUCGUCUCUUUCUGAUCCAAAAGGGUAUGUUCAGGAAGAGCUAAAAAAGUUGCAGACCACCAAACAGUCCAGGCUCUUUAUUGUUCUUCGUUCCUCGUUAACUCUGGCUGCUCAUUUGUUCAGUGAAGCAAAGAAGAUGGGUCUAAUGGGGAAAGACUCGGCCUGGAUAGUGACAGAUGCUAUUACAAGCUUCUUACACUCUUUUAACGACACUGUUUAUUUUUCAAUGAAUGGUGCAUUAGGAACAAAGACCUACUACGAAAAAAAUGAGCCUUUUGAGGACUUCAGUCAUCAGUUCAAGAAAAUUUUCCGGCGGAAAUAUCUCAAUGAAGAUAAACUUGAACCAGGUAUGCGUGCUUUAAGAGCAUAUGACAGCAUUAUCACAGUUGUACAGGCCAUGGAGAAAUUAGCUGGUAACUAUAGUAAUUCAAAGAUGUUAGUGCAAAGUAUACUGUCAAGCAAUUUCACUGGUUUAAGUGGGAAAAUUCACUUUAAUACACAUGAAUUAUCAGCGUCCCCAAUAUUCAGAAUUGCAAAUGUCAAUGAAAAUGGGUAUAGAGAGCUUGACUUUUGGUCGCCCAAGUUUGGAUUCUCAAAGAACCUCAUUAUUGAAGGAGAGAGAGAUGGAGGCGGGGAAGUGGUAAAUGGGUUGGUGAAUUGGCCAGGGGAUCUGAAUCGGGUCCCAAAAGGUUGGGCAAUGCCUACUAAUGCACAACGGCUGAAGAUUGGAGUUCCAGGCAGAACAUCAUUUGAGAAAUUUGUGAAGGUUGAUCCAACGAAGACUGACAGUGACCCGACUAAAUAUUCUGGUUUCUGCAUUGCGAUAUUCUGGGAAGUGGUGAAACGUUUGGAGAAAAAUUAUAACCUGCCCUAUGAAUUUACCGCUGUGAAUGAUUCAUAUGAUGCACUGGUUCAAAGUGUCUAUAACAAGACUUUUGAUGCUGCUGUCGGAGAUGUAACAAUCUUAGCCGAGCGAAUGGAAUUUGUUGAGUUCACUCAGCCAUUUUCCGAAUCAGGGCUGUUGAUGAUUGUCCCAGUGAAAUCAAAAUCGCAUGAGGAAUGGAUAUUCUUGAAGCCUUUCACCAUGGAAAUGUGGGCAGUGACUGCUGCCAUCUUAAUAUACACAAUGUUUGUAGUCUGGUUCUUGGAGCAUCGAACCAAUCCAGAUUUCAGAGGCCGAUGGAAUGAUCAGCUUGGCACUGCACUAUGGUUCACCUUCUCUUCCCUUUUCUUUGCUCACAGGGAAAGGAUUCACAGCAACCUCACUCGAGCAAUAGUAGUGGUGUGGCUCUUUGUUGUACUGAUCUUAACAUCAAGCUAUACGGCCAGUCUCAGCUCGAUGCUCACUGUUCAACAAAUAGAACCAAAUGUGACAGAUAUCAAUUGGCUAAGGAGUUCCAACCAGAAAGUUGGUUGCGAUGGCGAUUCAUUUGUAAGGAAAUACGUGGAGUCUGUGCUUCAUUUCCCUGCACACCAUAUCAUUAACGUCAGUGAUGAGUACACUUAUCCAGGAGAGUUCGAAAACCGUACUUUCACCGCGGCAUUCCUUGAAGUCCCAUACGGGAAAGCUUUCCUCAAUCAGUACUGCCAGGGCUAUACUACUGCAAAACCCACCCACAGAUUUGGGGGAUUGGCCUUUGUGUUCCAAAAAGGGUCUCCCAUAGGCCCUGAUGUCUCCAAAGCCAUACUAGACAUGGCUGAAGACGGAACACUGAAGAAUCUGGAAGAAACCUGGUUUUCUCCCACAGCAAAGUGCUCAGCAGCCAUGAAUGCCACCGACACCGAGAGCUUGGGCCUCCAGAGCUUCUGGGGUCUGUAUGCUAUAUCUGGCGGCACUUCCACUGUUCUGCUGUUCUUCGUUCUGUUAUUGAACAAGUUUAGGCGUUGGCAAGAGCGACCCAAGAGCCAGGUAAUUCCAAGCGACGACAGUGUGUGGAACAAAUCCAAAAGACUUGCACAAUACUUUCAUAAAAGGAAUCUCAGGACUACUUCCAGAAGAACUACUCCGGCCGUUGCUCAAUCCGAUGUUGACGAAUGGGAAUCUGUAACUGUUUCUGUUACAUCAGAAUCAGAGCAUCCACAGGCUUCUCGCUCUGACAUUGAAAAUGCAAACACUUGAAGAAGAACUUGUUCAUCCCCAGCGUAUAUAUAUGGCAUGCUCACUGUAAUAUUAAUUCCUUGGGAUGGAUUCUCUUGGAAUUGAACUGGUUUACCUAGGACUUUAAACCGAAAAGUAGGACUGUAAUAUUAAUUCCUUGGGAUGGAAUUCUCUUGGAAGUGGUUUAGUUACGACUUUAAACCUAAAAUUAGGACUGUAAUAUUAAUUCUUGGGAUGGAUUCUCUUGGAAGGGGUUUACUUAGGACUUUAAUCCUAAAAGUAGGACUGUAAAAUAUCCCCUUAUAAGUUUCUAAGAUGAUGUCUCAAUGGCUGAAUGUCUUAAGUUCGAACAAAAGAAAUUGAGAUAUGGACA